UGAAAGGUCCCGCGUGUGAGGGAACAAGAUAUCCUUAUCUUGUAAGGCCAGAGAUUACAACUAAGGCAGGUCAUUCUUGUGUCGCUUGAUUCGGAGACAUCGGCUGGUGCACUGCAAUGCCAAUAGAGCUCAUCAGCUUGAAUUGGGGCAGUCAUGCAACGACCAAAUCAGGUCUUACCAAAUGGCCCCAAACGGCCGGAUCUGAAAUAUCGUGAAGGUGCCCUCCGUCAUAUUUGGUCUUGACCUCCCGAAUAAGUUUCAAACGCAUGGUGUGGGUCCAACGAAUUGUAUGCAUGUAGCUCACAUAAGGGCUGUUCCAAAUAUCCUACUUUCCUCCAGACCACAUUUCGCUCCUGCCAUCCCUCCACAUUGUGUGCUGGCCAAGAUGUCGGACCCCGGGUCGUCUUCUAUGAUGCCUAGAUCGACUGUGGUAGACGACUCUACUGUCGACGCACACAAUCUACAGAAGAAGAUCGAGUUCAUUCCCAGGAGUGAGCUAGACCCGACCGUCCACGGAGGAGAAGCGCUGGACCAGAACGACGUUCUUAUCGAAAUCUUGCAUGAGAUUGAUCUCUUUAAGGAUGACUUGAAGGAGGCGGAGGAGCGCUUUUUCCAGCGCGUCGGGCAUCAAUUGAAAAUGCUUCGCGGUUUAGAUCACCCCAACAUUGCUCGAUUUCAAGGAUGGAUGGUGGAGCUCGAAGAUGAAUCUUGGCUUCGCGCGAAAGCUGUUCAUGUGGGUUGUAAAGGAGGGAGAGUCAUGGCCUAUCUAAGCACUAAUCCAGAGGCAGAUCGUCGGAACUUGGUUCUUGGAGUUUGUCGAGGGCUUUCAUAUCUUCAUUCUAACGAGAUCGUUCAUGGUAAUCUUAAUCCGAGCAACGUCCAUGUCGACUAUAAUGUCGGUGACAGGCAGCCCGUUCCUCGAAUCAGCGGCUUUGAAUCCUCUUACGUCGUUACAGCUGAUCUCGUCGGCCUCAAAAUGGAGGACACGCACCAUGCGCCCUUAAGAUACACCCCGCCAGAAGUCCUGGAGAAGCCCGGAGUUCAGUGCGACUGGCAAGGUGACAUCUGGUCCUUCGGAUGCACAUCGUUGCAGAUACUACUUGGCACACGUCCCUACGAGAAUAUCCGUAACGAAUUCCACAUUCCAUCCGCAGUUGCGAAACAUGUUUCCCCUUAUUCAUUGAACUCCACGGAUCCUUUCUGUGAGGCGCUUCAGAGCUGCCUGGCCCGUAAACCUUUUGAGCGUAGCGUCAUCGGUAGUGUUGUCCAACGUCUCGAAUUGAAGACCAUGUCGUUGAACGAACUGGAAUCCGACCUCAUGAUGAGGAUGUUGCAAACUAACCUUCCGAAUCUCGACGGGGUGGUAAACAUCCCGACCGUAUGGCGUAUCCAAGCAGGCGGGUCAUUUAGUACGAUAUACAAAGGGAUCUACAAGAUGAACGAGGUUUGCAUAAAGAGUUACUACAGCACACAUCUCCGCGAGAACGAGAGGAUCAUUCGUGAGAUGAAGGUAUGGUUCCGGCUGAGCCAUCCAAACAUAGUUCAGCUUCAUGGCUGGAUAUCACCUAUCGAGAGCCGCCUCCGUCUGAGCUCUGUGUCAAACUGGUGCAACGAAGGGAAUGUUCAAGAGUUUCUAAGUCGCCAUCCUGAUGCUAAGCGCCAAGCCUUGAUUCGCGGAGUAGCUUAUGGCGUGGAUUACCUUCAUUCGCUGAAUGUAGUACAUGGCGACAUUAACCCUUCGAACAUCGUAAUGAAUGAGGAUGUACCACAGUUGUGUGGAUUUGCGUUAUCGUUCAUUCUACAUGAUCCGUCAACAUCCCUUGACCACGAUGCGUUCGGGACUCUGAGAUACCUAGCACCGGAAACGUUCAAGGAUGAGGUUUGUAUCAAAAACAAAGGAACCGAUGUAUGGGCAUUCGGAUGUACAGCCAUGGAGAUACUUUCGGGUAAGCGGCCACACUCCAUGCAGACCGGCGUCGCCCUCUUCCGUGCUAUUGAGCUGGAGCCGCCGUUCACCCUUCCAGCAACGCAGCCUAUCGAGGCGACUCUUGUCCUCUGCCUCAAACCCAAUCCUGAGCAUCGAAUCGAUAUGAAGACCGUUAUCGUAUCACUGAACCAUUGAUUCGGGUUACACGUUGUAGAGGCUCUUUUUAUUGGGUAUAUUAUUUAUAGCGGGUACAAGGAGCAUGGCGGGCUCGAUCUGUCGAAUCCAAACCGGGAAUGAGGAGUGGGCUUGUAAGCGCAGCGCUGCGAUCACCGAAAGCGGCAUCCUGGUUGCAUAAUUACAUGUAUGAUGCUGGACUUCGUACGGGAGGCUUACUGCCCACGAAGAAUGCAUACAGACAAGUUUCUGGAAACAGUCAAAAUAGCUGAUAUACCAAAUGGACAAAGCCCACAU